CGUUCCAUAAGUAGUUCAGCGCACAAACAUAGAAAUAGACCCUCUAAUCUUUUUAGUUUGGUCAGCUUUAAAAGUUAAAACCCAAGAACAACAACAACAAAAGAGAGCUGCCAGGCCAUGCAUGUGAGAUGGAAUCUACAUCCUUCAGUAUGAAACAAUCAGGAUUAUUGAUCACAAUCUUCAUGAUCCUGGUUCUUGCUGAUGCCCGCGGGCUAGAUGUUGAUACAGCCCCAGGAGAAGCUCAAAAGCAUCCUAGAGAUCUGGAUCAAUACAGAGAAAAAGAAGAUGAUGGGAUAGGGCUACCCAAACUCAGUCGCCAUGAACAGCAAAUUUUACAUGCACUUUUUGGAGGAAUUGGUCCAGUGAUACUGCCUGAUGAUUCACAGCCCUCGAAUCUAGCUGAUGACAAAACAUCAUCUUUACCAGACCGUGUAGUGAGGAGGCAAGCACCUGAUCAGUCCCCACCGAUUCCAGAACAGAUCCACAUAGCGUACGGUGACAUGCCGUCUGAGAUGGUCAUUGUGUGGUCUACCCCAUCUCCUGGAUCUUCAGAGGUUCUCUAUGGCAUGGCACCCAACAACUUCAGUCUCAAAGCCUCAGGGGAUUACGAAGAGCUAGUGGACUGGGAAGGCCCCUUUGAAGGAGUAAAGUUCAUUCACCGUGUGAAACUAGAGGGCUUGAGUCCAGGAGCAUCAUAUUCAUACAAAGUACAAACCAAUGGUGAACAGAGUCAAACGUAUACAUUCACCGCAAUGCAAGAUGGAACUGAUUGGUCUCCUACUCUGCUUGUAUAUGGUGACAUGGGUCUGAAGGGCGGGGCACCAAGUCUCCGUCUCUUGAGGAAAGCAGCCAAGGAGAAUCUAGCUGAUGCCAUCAUCCAUGUAGGUGACUUCGCUUAUGAUCUACAUGAUGAAGAGGGCAAGGUCGGUGAUGAUUUUAUGAAUCGUAUUCAAGAUAUAGCCGCUGUCCUCCCUUAUAUGACCUGCCCUGGUAAUCAUGAAAUAGCACAUGACUUUGUUCACUACCGGUACAGGUUCUCAAUGCCUGGAUCCCCAUGGCCUAUGGAAGAUGAAAUGUGGUAUAGCUUUGAUAUGGGCAAAGCCCACUUUGUCAGCUACUCUACUGAGAUUUACUUCACUGGAUAUAGUGAUUAUCUUCAGCGUCGCCAGAUAGAGUGGCUCACGGACGACCUAAAGAGGGCAAAUAAAGAGAGAGCGAUUCGUCCUUGGAUCAUAGCGUUUGGUCAUCGUCCCAUGUACUGUUCCAAUGCUGAUAGAGAUGACUGCACUAAGGAAGAAUCCAGAGUUCGAACAGGACUUGAAGACCUGUUUUAUGAUUUCGGCACUGAUCUGAUCAUUGAGGCUCAUGAGCAUUCCUAUGAGAGGUUCUGGCCGAUGUAUCGAGGCGAGGUGACAGCUAAACAUUACAAGAAUCCUGUUGCACCUGUACAUGUGAUCAGCGGGGCUGCAGGGUGUAAUGAGUUUGAUGGGGUCUGCGUCAAUCCUAUCUUGGGACCUAGAGGAGAGUGGUCAGCGUAUCGUUCCUGGAUACCAGGACUGUAUGGGUUUGCUCACCUACAAAUAGCUAAUGAUACACAUCUACACUGGCAGCAGAGACUAGCUGUGAGUGAUCAGGUACAGGAUGAGUUCUGGAUUGAACAGAAUCGCCAUGGUUACUUCCCACCAUCAACAAGAUGAUACAGUGAUCAAUCUGAAGUACUGAUCCCUUCUAUGGAACAGGCUUCCUCGAUGCCUUCUUUAUUUUUAUAUUGAUUACUAGACAGCAAUAUGACAUUUGAUCCGAGUGCUUGUAAGAAGUAUGAUGGGGGAGGGGGGAGGGGGGUGGUUUUGAUGGAGGUCCUGAAAGUGUGGUUUCAUUUUAACCUUCCUUAUAAUAUUUCUGCAUUAACAGGGAGAGUAAUUUUUCAACUAAAUUACAUGUAUAAGUUUAUUGUGGUUACAGAAUUUAAUAUAUGGACCAUAUGUAGGAAGGAGUGACUUUAGAUAUGGUUUUAUAUAGUACUCAAUUUUUAUUGACAUUGAUUCAAAAUAAAUACUGUUCACUAUUAAUUUGCAUCAUACACUUGAGAGUGAAAAGAAAAAAUAAUUAAAUUAUAUAAUAAUGCUUGUAUUUGCAGCUGUUUAACUGAGAUCCGUUGUCUUCCAAUAUUAAGUUAAUAUUGUAUACAUGUAAAUGUGUGAAAUAAUUUAUGUAGCUCUAUGUGACCUUCAGUUAAAUGCUUGCAGUCUUAUUUACAAAUUCUGCUACGUAGAAAUUCAUAUAAAUUUGAAAUUUAAAGAAAGUUAGACAUACAUUACUAUUCAAUUACUUAUUCUUCCUCUUUAGUUUAGAUGAGAAAUAGGUUAGAUGAGAAAAUCAUGUAUUAUUUCUUAGUGAUAUUUCAACACUUUAACAAAGCUAACAACUCACUCUUUAGAUAUCACUUUUCAUCAUGUACAAAUGUGGGUGCCUAUUCAUUGCAGUAUAAUACAUGUAGUUGAUGAUUCCUGUAUUUAAUUAUCUUCACCUUGAAAUUUUGUUUCUGAACAGCUCUAUUUACAGAACAGUUACAUGUAU